AUGAUUACUGUACGCCUCAAUGAUUAUGAACAACAAAAUAUUUCUUGGACAUUUUCAUCGGUUAAACGAGCCAUUUUAAUUACAUUGAUUGUAUGGUUAACAAUAUUAUUUCUUUUGAUUAUUGUAAUAUGGCCACAAAAUGAUUAUCUAAUUAGUAUUGAAAUAUUUAAUGAAAUUGUACAUUCAAAACGUAAUGAUUUUAUUGUUAUUGAAACAAUUAUUUCAAAAAUAACAGAAUUUCUAAUGAAAUAUUGUCAAUAUGAUGAUUGUGAAUUAUUAUCCAAAUAUCGAAAUAAUUUGAUUCGAUUCUAUCAAAAAUCUUAUUUUAUUGCAAAUAUUUCAUAUCGAAUUUUUUCCAUCGGAAUAUUUCCCGUUUAUUUUGUUGCAAUCGUUUUCGUUUUUCAUCUAUAUCAAUGUAAUCAAAUCAAUUUAAUGAAAUUAAUAAUGACAAUAAUAUUUUUUUCAUUAUACUCUUGUCAUUGUAUAUUUAUAAUUGGUGAUUCAUUCAAAAUAUUAUCUUGUCGAAAUAAAAAAUUAUUCUGGUAUCAAUUUCAUACCGAUUAUGUCUAUCUUUUUAGUGAAACUUAUAAAUUCAAUUUAACACUUCGAUAUAUAUUAUUGUUUAUUGAAUUAUUAUCUAAAUCAUUGGUCAUAAUUUGUUUAUUAUUUUAUAGUCAUCAAACUGAAAUGCAUAUACAAAAUACAUUAAUUACAUUAAUAUUUAUGACAGUAUUCAUUUCGAUAAAUAUUCUUAAUUUUCGUAUAGCUCAUAUACCAUCAUAUAAUCGCAUUUCCACUAAGAUAUUCAAUUAA